CUCAUUUCCUUUCCCCGUUGCACUUUCUAGAAAUCCGUGAGUGAACAUGGCCGAGGAUCAGGAAAACGCGUAUGGGCUGUACAGACCCCAAAUAUACCUGUUUGGUUGUGCGCUGAAGCCUGAGAAAAAGGAAUACAAAUUUGAUGUUGUAGAUGAGGAAGCAGAACAUCAGCUGUGUCUCAAGUCGAUAUGUUUGGGAGCAGAGGCAGCAGAUGAGUUUCACACAGUAGAAAUUGAAGGCCUGAACUAUGAAGGAACAAUGAUAAAAGUCCAACUUGCAGUUCUUAAACCAUCGGUUAUUCCAACUAUAAGUCUAGGAGGCUUUGAAAUCACACCUCCAGUCACAUUCCGUCUCAAGUCUGGCUCGGGUCCCGUAUUUAUCAGUGGCCAGCACUUUAUCAGUGCAAAGGAGGAAGAGGAUGAUGGAGAAGAGGAAGAGGAGGAGGAGGAGGAGGAGAAUAAUACAUCUCCAGUGAAGAGGCUUUCAAACUCCCCUUCAAACUCCCUUCCUGUAUCGAAGAAGCUGAAGUUUGAUAAAGAGGUAGAAGAUGAGGAUAAUGAAGAGGAUGAUGAUGAGGAUGAAGAUGAUGAGGAAUACGACGAUGAUGAUGAGGAGGAAGAAAAGGCGGAAAAGGAGAAGGGUUCCCCACCAAAAACACCACAGAAAAAUGAGACUCCGGGGAAGAAAAAAUCUGAGCCAAAAUCUGUGUCAAAACAAAACUGCGCGCCUGGGAAAACAGGAUCUCCUGCAGUCAAGCCUCAGCCCAAGACUCCAUGUGAGAAAAAAGAAAAGUCUGGAGCAACUACGAGCCUCAGUGUGAAUGAAGUCAAGGACAAACUAAAAACCAUGGUUAGCAAGGGACAUGCCCUACCAAAAUCACAGAUGAAAUUUGCAAACUUUGCAAAAUACACAUACAAGAUUGUAGAUCAGAAGGUAGUAGAAGAACUCUGGAACCAUCUGCAAAAAUUGAAAGCGGAGAAGAAAUAAUUAUCUUGUUUUCUGUAACAAGAAUUGUUUUGUUUAUGUUUUUAUUUGACUUUUUUAAUGAGUUGUCAUUAUAUGCCCUCGUAGACAUGCAUAACUGUAUGUUUCCUCAAAGGAAUUGAAAGUGACCGUGCACAACAGUAAUACUUGUGGUCAUUUUAACGAGGGUGUGCAUAAACAAGUUAUAUAGAUGUGUAGUAUUCACUAUUCACGCAUACAUAUGUACAUACAUACAUAUAGAAUUAAUUCUACAGAAAAAUUGAUAUGAAUGGAAAAUGUGAUUUACAUACAUGGUCUCACAGGAAUAUACAACAUGAAUUUUUACCCACCCACCUUUCUAGUUGUUGCCAUUUGGUCAUGAUAGUGAAUAGGACCCGCCCCACCCGGGACAAAUUCUUAUUUCUUAAUGUCACUUUUGCCCACGACUCUUAAAACAGAUUUGGAUAUCCUAAUCCCAUUUGUUUUGCUGAGUGUUGUUCUUCAAGCCAGGAUUGAGCCCUGACGGAUAAGCAGGUGCUGUGGGCCGAGUGUAUAGUAUGGUUCUUUUUUUUCGGACUUGGUGCCCUACUUAACAAGUGAAUAAAGAAAACCACUUUAAUGUAUUUGGCCACUGUGCUGGCUUGGAUUUUGCAUUUUGUUUGCUGCAAGUUUAUUUUGUUUUGGCAGAGCAUCCUACAUGUCACAAACUAUUCUAACGGCUCAUAUUGUACAUUCAUGGCAGCUUCACCACAGAGCAGGAGAAAAUAGAAGAUAUUUUUGUAUCCUAUUCACUGGGCUAAAACUCGGAAACUGUAAAAGGUGAUUGUAGUUUGUAUGUUGUGCUACAUUGCUGUUAAGAACAAUUCUUGGGUAUGUAUUUGUUUCCCUUUUUAUUUUAUUGUAUUUGUUUAUGGUUUUGUAAAAAUGUGAAUGUAUUAAGCAGUACAUAAUUACAUAUGGCUAAUCCACUAACAAAGCCCAGUCAUUUAGCAUUAUAUCAUGCAGUAGUAACAGUAAUGUCUUGCAGAAGUAUAUUGCAUGGUUUUACUAACUGCUAAGAACCUUGUAAAGGGUUUUUUUUUUUUUAUUAAAUUAUAAAGGCAUGCUGAAAAAAAUAGGGUGACUUAUUCUUUUAAGUGACAAACAUAGUUUCAUUUUAUUUAUUUACUCUUCUUUAAAAUCAAAGCACCUUUUUUUUUUGGCUAUUACUGAAAUGUAAUAUUUGUGAUUCGUAAACCCUUACUGCUGCAUGUAAUAGCAGGAGCAUACCUGUUUGACUCACCGAGUGAUAAAGUGGGGAGGAAGAUUGUUCCCGUUCAGCUGCCAUUGGGUAAUGAAAACAAACAGACUGGUCUAUUCGAUAAAAAAGGAUCUAGAGUUGAACAUGGUAAAACUGGACAAUGGAAACUUAGUGUUCGCUUUUUCCUAAAUGGUAAGCAGAAACGAAACCUUAGCAUUGAUACUGUUCAUGUUUACUCAACCGUUUUGUCUGAAUGUUACAAAAAAAAAGUAAUCAAAAUAUUCCAAACUACUGUACUCCUUAACUUUACUUUUGCAACUGUUUUUCAAUUGAUGAACCAUUCAAAACUGAUCAUGUGUUUAUUUUUAUUUUUUUCUUGUAAACUAAAAGAAACAAAAUGUCAAA